AUGGACAAUUCCAAUGGUGACGUGAAGACAACACAAGAUGUAACAGAGGCCCCGAACAAAGCCGAGACAGCUUCAUCCCUCACAAACGGCGUCAACGGUGUCAAUGGCGACUCGCACCAUGACACAAACAACCACGCCCACCACCACGACCAUGACCACGACCACUCCCAUCACGAUGAGGUCAAUGCUGGUGCACUGUUUCAGGUCACCGUCAAGCUGCCGCACAAACCUUACAAGCAGACGAUAAUGGUUACGAGUCAAGAGCAGGUGCAAGAUGUCCGCCAGUCCAUCGUCGAGACUCCCGAUACCUUCCAGUACACCUGUUUCCAUCUCGAGCACAAUGGUCAGAGGAUCAACGAUUUUGUCGAGCUGUCAGAGGUUAAAGACCUCAAGCCCGACGACGAAAUUGUUCUGGUCGAAGAUCCUUAUACCGAGAAAGAGGCGAGGUUGCACGUAGUCCGCAUACGGGAGCUUAUUGGCGCCUCUGGAGACCGUUCCGACCAGCUUCACGGCAUCUGCGCUGGUUUGUCCCUCCACGAUGAUAAAUUUGGCUCGGGUCAUUCUCCUGCCCAAAAGACGGAGGAAAAUCCUCUGGUGGGUUACGAGCUCGACGGACGGGCGUCGCUUGAUGCGAUCCUCCCGUCUCACCAGGACACCUUACCGAAGACAAUCAAGUCGCUUUCCGUGUCGCAAUGGAACCCUCCGCCAUAUCACCUCCGCCAGCGAGGUCACUUGCUCUAUCUGCAGCUGACCACCAACGAAGGCGAGCAACACCAGAUCACGGCUACCGUCUCCGGCUUCUAUGUCAACAAGUCCUCCAGCAACAAAUUUGAUCCUUUCCCGAGGCCCGCUCCCAAAAACCACAGUGCGCACUCUCUGCUGUCCCUGAUAUCGGCACUUUCGCCGUCUUUCAAUGACACCUUUGUCGAACUUCAGAAGAUGAACGGUGGCAAAGACCUCCUGACCACGUUCCCCUUCCAGAAUGCCAUUCCCGCGAAUCCCUGGAUCGUUCCCUCUUCCUAUGGACAAGGAACGCAACAUCAAGCAGAUCCCACAAGAGCCCAGGAGGCAUAUCUGAUCGGAGGAGUGGAUGGUGCGGAGAAUCUUCGGGAUUGGAAUGAAGAGUUCCAGACCACCCGCGAACUGCCCCGAGAGACCUUGCAAGACCGAGUGUUCCGUGAGCGGUUGACCUCCAAACUCUUUGCCGACUACAACGAUGCCGCGGCGAGAGGUGCCGUGCUGGUUGCCAGAGGUGAAGUUGCACCUCUGAAUCCCACCGAAGGUAGAGACGCCCAGAUUUUCAUCUACAACAACAUAUUCUUCUCUUUUGGCGCCGACGGAGUGCAGACAUUCGCAAGCGAGGGCGGCGAUGAGGCUGCCAGAGUCGCUGUUGGGAAAGAUGUUGCAGGUGUCAAAGCUGUCAACCAGCUGGACAUUGAGGGCUUGUUCACUCCAGGCACUGUCUUGGUGGAUUAUCUUGGCAAGCGCAUUGUUGGCCAGAGCAUUGUUCCGGGGAUUUUUAAACAGCGGGAACCCGGGGAACAUCAAAUCGACUACGGUGGUGUCGAGGGACGAGACAUUGUCACCGAAAACAAAGCCUUCGUUCCGGUCUUCGAGAAGCUGUCGAAAGCCCUACACGUCAAGAAGCAUCCUGUCUGGGACAAGGAAGGCGGCCGACACGAUCUGGAAGGCAGUGUUGAGACCAAAGGAUUAUUGGGCACGGACGGUCGAAAAUAUGUACUUGAUCUUUACCGCAUCACUCCACUCGAUGUGGCUUGGGCGGAGGAGGCCGAAGCUGACGCUGGGGACGAAAAGUAUCCUCAUCGGAUGUCUGUUCUGCGACUAGAGCUGGUGGAAACUUACUGGCACAUGAACAUGCAGGAGUACGUGAGAGCCGAAAUCGACAAACGCCGCUCGAAGCAGACCAACGGGCAUUCCGGGGACCUCAAAAAUGGUGAAGAAGUGCAAAGCCAUGACACUGCCUCUGACGGAGAGAGCAAAGACAACCAGUCCAGCGAAGCUCAAGAGGACUCCGCUAAAGCUGCUCCGGCGCUGGAGCAGGAACGCGUUGACAUUUCAAACUUCACCCUGGCCCUGAAUCCUGACGCAUGUAGCGGUCAGAUCCCUCAGACUGAAGAGGAAAAGCAAGAGUAUGCUGCCGACGAAAAGGAAGUUCGUGCGGUCUGCGAGUUUCUGCGGGUCAAAAUUAUCCCGGAUCUCAUCAACGAACUCCAUGAUGGCGAUGUGGGCUUUCCGAUGGACGGCACUUCUCUAUGUCAGCUCAUGCACAAGCGUGGAAUCAACAUCCGGUACUUGGGACGACUUGCCAAAGCUGCCGAGGACAAGGGAGAGCGUCUGCACGCCUUUUCGACGGUGGUGCUGCAGGAAAUGGUAGCUCGCGCAUUCAAACACAUUGCAAACCGCUGCCUGCGGCAUCUGCCCGUCGUCUUCGCUGGUACUUGCAUCGCGCAUCUGUUGAACUGCCUCCUCGGAGUUUCUGUCAACCCGAACCCGCGCCCCGAAAUUGACGAAGACCUGCGAGCUCUGUACCCGGACGGAGACUUUUCGUUUGAGGAGUUUAAUCCCACAAAGCUAAAGGCCGCCAUCGAGAAACAGGUCAGAAUCCGAUAUAGGUAUGCACUAAAGGAGGAUUGGUCGGUGUCAAUCCGCCCCUUGCCAAUGCUUCGAGAAAUCUCGUUAAGACUUGGUCUCCAGCUGGUUGCACGGGAGUACACCUUCAGCACGGGUAUGCAAAUGCUCGUGGACCCAUCACCUGCUCGAAGUGGCAGUGACUCGCAUUCCAACAAUGGUGCCCAGGCGGAGGAGGGAGGCAAAAAGAAGAAAAAGAAGGGUGGCGAGCAGACACAAUCGAACGGUGGUGUUGCCAGACCCUCCACAACUUUCACUGCGGAAGACAUCCUCAAUAUUGUCCCCACCGUCAAAGACGCUUCUCCAAGGAGUGCUUUGGCCGAAGAAACUCUGGAAGCUGGCAAGCUCUCGCUAGCACAGGGUCAGAAGCAAAUGGGGCAAGAGCUUGUGCUUGAAUCCCUUUCGCUGCACGAGCAGAUCUAUGGGAUCCUCCACCCUGAGGUGGCCAAAAUGUACAAUUCACUCUCGACCAUCUACUAUCAGACAGACGAAAAGGACGCGGCCGUGGAGCUCGCCCGCAAAGCCGUGAUUGUUACUGAGCGGACGUUGGGCGUAGACUCACACGAUACGAUCCUGGCAUACCUCAAUCUUUCCCUUUUCGAACACCAUACGGGCAAUACGAGGCAAGCGUUGAAAUAUGUCAGACAUGCACUGGAUAUUUGGAGGAUUAUCUUCGGGCCGAAUCACCCUGACUCGAUAACGACAAUGAACAACGCGGCGGUGAUGCUCCAAUCUAUCAAAGAGUAUUCCGAGUCUCGCAAGUGGUUCGAGGCUUGCUACACCGUCUGUGAGGGUCUCUUUGGACGCCAGUCCAUCAACGCGGCCACCAUCCUGUUCCAGUUGGCGCAGGCCUUGGCUUUGGAUGGGGAUCCGCAUGGCGCCGUCAAUAAGAUGCGAGACGCGUAUAGCAUCUUUUUGGCUGAACUCGGGCCAACCGAUCGCAAUACCAAAGAAGCCGAGAGCUGGCUCGAGCAAUUGACACAGAAUGCAGUAUCCAUUGCCAAGCAGGCCAAAUUGCAGCAAAAUCGGCGUCUGGCAGGCAUUCGACAUCUCCCGCGGAUGGGCAUGGGCACGAGGCUCCAGCCGCAAAACGCAAGCACAGCCGCGUUGAAUGCAAGCUCCAGGGCGAGUACAGCGCAGCCAAGUGUACGCACAGGGACCGGUGACCCUGCUUUCGACACCAGAAGUAUCGACGAGCUUCUGAAGUUCAUUGAAGGCGGCGAAGCCAAACCCAAACAAAAGAAGAAAUCCCUCAAUCCCAAAGCACGAGCAUCCAGGAAAGCCAUCGUGGUCUGA